AUCCGUUAUCGCUCCUGAAGUUCAUACCGACCAUGGGAUUUGAUCCGGGACAGGGCCCGUGCCGCCCGCCUGCUCCCGCUCCUAGUUACCCCACUGCCCCGCCCAUUGCCCGGGCCCGGGGGCCCCACAUCUACGUGAGCCGGCAAGGCGACAUCGGGGCGGCCGCCGAUUUGGCAGGUCGGCUAAUACAUAACUAGCUUGAGCAUCUCCAUUCUUUUGAACUUUACAUUGGGCCCCAUCAUACUUACACAUAACAGGAAACAUGGUGACCAUUCAAGGAAAGAAAGUCGGCAACAUAGGCUUCGGCCUGAUGGGCCUGACAUGGCGAGCGUCCAAGGUAUCGGACGAUGAGAUCUUUCCCGUCAUCAAGGCCGCUCUCGAUGCCGGCUGCAACUACUUCAACGGCGGCGAGUUCUACGGCCCUCCAGAACACAACUCCCUGACCGUACUCAAGCGUUACUACGACAAGUAUCCGGGGGAUGUAGACAAAAUCCUCCUCAAUGUUAAGGGCUGCAUGCUUCCGGGCUUGCUGGCUGCUGAUUCCUCGCCUGAGGGUGUCCGGGCCAGCAUCGAAAACUCGGUCCGCCUGAUUGGGGGCAAGGGAAGGAUUGAUCAGUUUGAGGCGGCCCGGAAGGACCCCAAGGUGGACAUUGAAGUGACCAUGAAGGCCAUGGGCGAGCACAUUCAGGCCGGAGAUAUCAGGGGCAUCGCGUUGAGCGAGGUCAGCGCCCAAACGAUCCGCCGGGCUGCAAAGGUGGCCAAGAUCACGGCUGUCGAGGUGGAGCUGUCCAUCUGGAACACCGAGCCGCUCGAGAACGGCGUGCUGGAGGCUUGCGCUGAGCUUGAUAUCCCUGUCCUCGCAUACAGCCCACUUGGCAAGGGCUUCUUGACCGGGCAAGUCAAGUCCUUUGACGAUAUCCCCGAGGGAGACUUCCGGAGGAUGUUGCCUCGGUUCCAACCUGAAGUUUUUGAGACCAAUCUUCGGCUGGUUCGGAAGGUAGAGGAACUCGCGGCGAGAAAGGGAUGUACACCAGCUCAAUUCGCCGUCAACUGGGUUUUGGCCCUUUCUAGACGACCUGGGAUGCCAACGAUUAUCCCCAUCCCGGGUGCCUCAUCGCCGGAGCGUGUUCGGGAGAAUGCUGUGGAGAUAGAGCUGACGGAGGAGGAUAUGGCUGAUGUUGAAAAGAUCCUCAAGGAAUUCGCUCCGGUUGGCGACAGAUACCACAAGCAUGGCAUGGAGCUUCUCGACAACUAAACCCAAGGUUUAGGCAACAAACAUUGAUAUAAGAAUCGUGAAGACUGUUCACGAAAGGUGAAUGAUGAAGGCGUGCAUCACUCGCUACAAGAGACUGCAGUGCCCAUCCCCACGCCGGUGCUUUUGUGUCCGGGCCUGUUCGGUUAUACUACGGGCCCUCGAUCGCUGGAAACGCUAACAAAGCCACCUGGAAAUGACAUCCAACGCCCUGCAAUAGACCUUCCUUCCCUUCUUGGUAGCACUAACGCAUGACAUUGCGACAUCCCACUGUGGUAACUGUGACACUCUGUCUGCAAGAUGUGAUUAAGACGGUCGAGGUUCCUCUCCUUGCUUCAUCUACACUACUCGUACAGUUCAAUUCGUGAAAGAACGACUCGAGGAUAAUAUCCGGAUAGCAGUAGUGGAAGGAAGCAGUGACCCCCAAGUGUUAUCGAUU